AACAGCACCUAUCGCGCAAUCGAUGUCAAGACCUAUCGACCUAUUUUCAGCAGCCUAAAGAAAAAAGGCAAUAUUUUGCGAAAAACACUCGGAAACGACCGAAAAACACCCGCUCCACUGGCUCAAGGACCCCUAUUCCAUGCAACGCUAAGCGGGGGCGAACCAGACAAUCGCAGUGUAAGGCAAAUGUGCGCAAAAUGAAAGUAACAAUCAAGUCAUGGACGGGAGUUGCAACUUGGCGUUGGAUAGCGAAUGACGAGAACUGCGGUAUCUGUCGCAUGUCCUUCGAGAGCACCUGCCCGGAGUGCGCGCUGCCCGGUGACGACUGCCCGCUGGUGUGGGGUGUCUGCUCCCAUUGCUUCCACAUGCACUGCAUCGUCAAGUGGCUGAACCUGCAACCGUUGAACAAACAGUGCCCCAUGUGCCGCCAGAGCUGGAAGUUCAACGUGCACUAAGCCCGCGUUCUAGUUCUACUCCUAGUUCUAGUUCUACUUCAAUCCUCCAGAAGAUCACCAGCAAGAAGAAACCGCAGAGAGAGAGACAGUAAGCUUUAUCGAAUGAGAAUGGAGAACAGCAGCAGCGAUGCCCAGCCGCAUUUGACGGGUCUGCCG